CCAGCGGCAGCUGCGCGGUGGCGGCGCGGCGGUAGGAGCCGGGGAGCCGGGCCGGGCCGGGCCGGGGGGAGCGGGGAAGGAAGAAAGCCUGAGGGAAAAGCGCUGCCUGCGGUGCGGGAGGCGGUCUUAUCUCAACUGUCAAAAUGGAGCUUGACAUCCAGUGUGAAGAGAUGAGCCCAUCUAGAUGGGCUGAACUUCUGACCACAAUGAAAUCCUGCAAAACCAUCAGGCUGGAUGAUUGCAAUCUCUCCAGCAGUAACUGCCAGGAUCUCUCUUCCAUCAUCAAUACAAAUCCAUCCCUCACAGAGCUGAAGCUGAACAACAACGAGCUGGGAGAUGAAGGUGUUGAAUACCUGUGUAAAGGGUUGCUGACGCCAAGCUGUAGCCUACAGAAGUUAUGGCUGCAAAACUGCAAUCUGACAAGUGCCAGCUGUGAGACCCUGCGCUCUGUCCUCAGUGCCCAGCCAUCCCUGACAGAGCUGCAUGUAGGGGAUAACAGACUGGGAACUGCUGGUGUGAAGGUGCUGUGCCAAGGGAUGAUGAACCCCACCUGUAAGCUGCAGAAGCUACAGCUGGAGUACUGUGAACUCACAGCUGAUAUUGUGGAAGCUCUCAAUGCUGCUCUGCAAAGCAAGCCCACCCUGAAGGAGCUCAGCCUGAGCAACAACACGCUGGGAGAUACGGCUGUAAAGCAGCUGUGCCAGGGCCUGGUGGAGGCAAGCUGCAACCUAGAGCUACUACACCUGGAGAACUGUGGCAUAACCAGCGACAGCUGCAUGGAGAUCAGUGCUGUUCUCAGGAGCAAGUCAUCUCUGAUGGAUCUUUCUGUGGGGGACAACAAGAUCGGGGACUCCGGUCUGGCUCUGCUGUGCCAGGGACUGAUGCAUCCGAGCUGCAAAAUCCAGAAGCUGUGGUUAUGGGACUGUGAUCUCACAAGUGCUAGCUGUAAAGAUCUCUCCAGACUCAUCAGUACAAAGGAGACCCUCACAGAGAUCAGUCUGAUAGACAAUAACCUGAGAGACUCAGGGAUGGAAAUGCUGUGUCAGGCACUCAAGGAUCCCAAAUCUAAACUUCAGGAGCUAUGGGUUAGGGAGUGUGGGCUCACCACUGCUUGCUGCAAGGCUGUCAGCUCUGCUCUCAGCACCAACAAGCACCUGAAAGUACUGCACAUAGGCGAGAACAAGCUGGGAGAUGCAGGUGUGGAGCUCCUGUGUGAAGGGCUGAUGCACCCCAACUGUAACAUCCAGUCCCUAUGGGAGGCCUUUGAGGUGUUCAGCAGUCACCAUGAGGGCAGCUGUCUCUGUGGCAAGACCACAAGCCAGCCCCUGCUGAUGUCUCUAAGACUCCAUCUUUGCAGGCUGGGUAACUGUGACCUGACAGCAGGCUGCUGUGCCACCCUUGCCACCGCCAUGGCCACCAAGCAGUGCCUCACCGAGCUGGACCUGAGCUACAACCCUCUGGAUGAUGAAGGCAUCAGGAAGAUCUGUGAAGCCUUGAGGAAGCCCAGCUGCAACGUGCAGCAGUUAAUUUUGUAUGACAUUUUGUGGAGUUCUGAAGUGGAUGAUGAACUGAGAGCCUUGGAAGAGUCCAAGCCUGAAGUGAAGAUCAUUUCAUGAGUGGUGACUGCCUGCAGAACAACGUCAAAGCAAUGUCCUCUUCUUAAUCUGAACUUUUUAUAAGUAAAACUAAUUAACUUAAUAGGGAAUUUUCUUGUACCAAAACCAUUUGUGGAUUCCCUGAGUGGGUGUCUGGGGAGCUGAUCGACCUUCUCUGCGUCUCUGGAUGUACUAACUCUGAGACUCAUGAAAGCUGCAGCAUCACUAUCCUUGAAAUAAACAAUUACUGUCUUGUAGAA